AAUCCGCGAGAGAGGUUCGCCCCGAGUACGAGACUUCCUGUCGCUUCAGUGUCGUGCGCGAUUCCGUACGCGGCGCUUGGCGAGGCGACGACUGUGCCAGAGCUCGUGCCAGGCACCUGCCGAUCGGUGACAGAUCGCGUGGACUCUUCAGUUGGAAAAUCUGCCCGGCUGUGGCCGAGCGAUGGCGGAGCCUCUCGUUCGGUUCGUCGACGAGAAAUCGCGAUUCAACGAUCGAUCGAGGGAUGAAAUUACCGGGCAGUCAUGAGAAUCACUCGAAGUAACUGAUUAUGGAAGCCUCGACGCGCAAUUGACGUACAGAUAGGAGCACGUCAGGGCGGCGAAUAUUAUUUGAUGAUCAUUUGCAUCGGGAUAAUUUGGUCGACGACAGUAAUAUGAUGGGUGUAAUUGAAAUCGUUUGACAGCCGAGAGAGAAGAGGAUUAGUCUUCCGACAGCUUAAAGCUCGAAGCCCUGGCAGACAGGAGGCUUGUCAGUUAUACCGCCGCGAAAUAGGAACUCGUGCCGCUAUAGAGCCACGCGAUAGUAAAUCACAAGGUGGCAGGAUUUCGCGCGGCUGUCAGGCGGAAACGCCAUUCCGUUGACUGACAACACUCUCUUCAGCACGUCACGCGGUAGACACGGCGGCGAGUUUUACGAAUUGUUACCGAGUCGACAGAAUUCCGCUGAGAAUCCGCCGCCGCCGCCGCCAUCGUUAUCUUCAUUAUCGACGUUAUUCCGAAACGGUUUGAGUCAACCACCUCGCCGAUCCGACGCAGCUCUCGGUCGUCGUAAAUAACGCCCACGCACUUUGGCGUGUAACACCUGGUGAGCUCGGUAUAUAUGGUCCUCGCCGCGUGUAUGUGUGUUGCCACUGUGCGGAAUUCCGCUCGUAAUGACUCGUAAUUGCGCGGAGGAGGAGCCGACGUCGUGCUGGAACGAUUUAAGGGACACCUAGCAGCACUACCCGCACCCUCCGCUAUAAUGACUAGGUGCACGCGACUACGGGGAUUACCUGGUUGAGGUGGAGGACUCCGGUGCCCCGAGACGCGAGGGUGGAUGGGCCACUGGCUGAAAUCUGAAUACGAGAGUGGUUGAUCGCGACUGCGGAAGAACUCGUCCUUGGUCCUUGUCGGCGGAACGGCUGAUCGUUAGCACGCUCGGGUUCAGCUCGGUGACGUUUACGGCGUACCAGAUCGUCGAGAGAUUCAAUUGAAAGGGAGUAAUGGACACGUCACCAACAUUAAGCAUCGGCGGUUCAAGGGCCAGGGCAGCCCUUUUGACGACCAGCGGCACCGGAACCGGUAGCACCGACAGACGGGUCGUCUUUUUAGCAAGUCAACCAUCGGUCGGCAGCAGUCACGAGACCAAAACCUGGCCUCACCAUUGGUCUCCGCAUACGACCGGAAACAGCUACAAAUCGCCGGAGGAAUCGCCGCACACGGAGCACAGCAGAUUGAGGAUGUCCCGGGGCCAAGGGGGAUGGUUCGACGAACCUUGCACUUCCAGUAGUGCAGGUCGCCGCAGUGGUGCACGGCAAACGGCGGGACCAUCCUCGAGAACGUCAACUUCCGCCUCAGAGGAGCGAGCUUCCGGCGGCACGCCGUGCAAAGGUGGCUUCAGAUUAGGUGUUUAUGGCUGGAGAAAGAGAUGCCUGUACUCCCUUGUGUUGAUCCUUAUGGUCAUCGUCAUUCUCAAUCUCGCUCUCACCGUCUGGCUGCUGAAAGUCAUGGGAUUCAGUUCUGAAGGUAUCGGCUCGCUAAAAGUGGUGCCUGGGGGAAUCGAGCUAAGAGGUCAAGCUGCCGUGUUAGACGCCCUUGUGGCCUCCAGUCUACGAUCUCGGAGAGGUAAAAACUUGGUGCUGGAAUCAUGGAGUAAUUUUACAGCCUCGGCGAGAUCCCACGACGGUCGGCUUCUCGCCCGAUUAACAGUCGGAGAGGACCGCGUCGAUUGCGUGUCCAGGGGUUUUCGAAUAACCGAUCCUCGAGGAGGAGUCCUGUUCUCCGCGGACAGAGAACAGGUUAUUGUGGGGGCAGAAAUGUUGAGGGUGACGGGCGACGGUGGUGCCGUUUUUCAGGGAAGCGUGCAGACCCCAAUAGUUAGAGGAGAAUCGGGACGCGGUCUUAGGCUCGAGUCAGCAACAAGAUCCUUAAAGAUCCACGCUCCAGAACGAGUGGUGAUCGAAUCCUGGGCGAACGACAUCUCAGCUUCCUGCCUAACCGAUCUAAAGCUGCAAAGUGUCCACGGAGGCAUCCGACUUGACGCCAAGUCCGUCUACAUAAAGGGUCUCAAGACCGCGAUGCCGGUGCAAGGACACUCGUCCAGGGAGCAGCAACAACAGCAGCACGCCAGCAGAUCGUCGUCCACUCAUCAGGGUCAAAGAGAGACGGCCAUCUAUCAGUUAUGUGCCUGCGCGAGCGGCAAAUUGUUCCUCGCCAGGCCGGAAGGCAGCUGUCAGGCCGACAAAUCGAUUUGCUAAUACAACACGGUUCGCGACAACGUGGGAUAAUUCGUUAGGAAUCGUGACGAACUAUUUAUGUGAUUCGAUGAUCCUAACGACAGAGACGACGAGAAAAAGGAGAAAGGACAAGACGCACUGCGAUCGGCCAUCGGCGCGAUCGGGGACGAGGCCUUUACUGGAACACUGCAAACGAUAUCAAACGAAUCUAUCGCGCUAAAUGGGCAAAGAUGUCGAAUGCGACAUAUCAGGAUACUUGCGGCACCUCGUGACGAGAAUGGUAAAUACAGAUAGUUGAAGCUAAUUAAUUGCGCAUCACAACACGUGCUAUUUUUCAAUGAACGCGGCGUAUGCCCGAUACGUUUUCAAACGCCGUGCGCUCUCCGAGAAUUUCUGGUUUGCUUAGAGCCUAAUCUGGACAUUGGUUACGUCGCGCUCCAACGCGCACACGCGUGUCAAUUAAAUUAGAUUGCGUUGCGUGCUUUUAUUUGGCUUUUAAAAUUUAUAAUGUCAAUUAAAUUUGCCGUAUAAAAUCAGACGCGCUUAGGUUGCUGUUGCAGCUCUAAUCCAGCGCUGAAGGCACAGGUCAAUUUUUUUUUAGUCGUGGUGUUUUACGGCCAAUCUUCGUGAAUUGUGAAACAUCCGGUCGAUCCGGCGGCGGCAAGACGAGCGAAUAAACAUGCCUCUCCGCAACAAAGCACAUUCUCGCGAGAUCUUGAUCACUGACUGGAAGAAUUCUCUCGGAUUCGCAAGCAUUCGGAAAAAUUUCUCUGAAGAAUAUCUCCGCAAGCUGUAUUCACCGGAAUCUUUCCUUUAACUUUUUCUCGCGCUAGCGCCGUCGGUCAACGUGACACGCGAGUGGGAGAGCGUGAGACUUUUGCUGUUCGCUGUAGUUGUUGACUUGCAGCGCGAUACUUUUUCGCCGUUUCGAGAUACGUUGCUUGUUUGGCGCCCUGGAUUCGGCUCGAACUUGUAUAUUUCCUCCGGCGAGACGUGGCCCUUGGCGAAGGGCUUUUGGAGUGUUCAUCGGAGAUUUGCCGGCCGAGAAGGACCAGAUCUCCGUGCUACCGUGGAUAGAUCGUAUAUAACUAUGUGUACGUAGCACUGUCGCCGACGCUACUCCGCGAUGCUCAUUUCGGACUGCAUUCCUAUCUCCCGUUUAACGCUAGACGCCGUUGCAAAUUUAGCAUUUUUAAUUCAACGCAAUCUUUAAAGAUAUAAAUUAGGCGAUUGCGUAUAGUGUUAAAUGCGGCAUUGAAUGCGACGUUGAAUGGCACUGAUGCUGAGGAAGGUCGCCGCUAAGUGUCAACAAAUGAAGAUGGGAGUUUGGACCGUUGUGCAUCGGCGAAACGCGCGAUCGCCGUCAGGCGAAUGCCCAAUUAAUCGAAUCGACGACUGCUCGUCGAUGAUCCUUUCUUUGGUUCCCGUCUCUUCCUAGCACCUUCGUCUUUUGUUUCGACAUCUUAUAUCCUAUGUAUCGAGUGUAUGCCUCGCGCGGCAAAACCACUUGUAGGCAAAUCGUUCGUAGCUCCCCACGAGCCCGCGCUGUCGUUCAGUGUUGCUGGCGCAGGGGAUCCUUUCAAGGAGAUUACUCCUUGCGAAUCGCUUACUUCUAACGCGUUGUCUGUUUAACCUGUGCUCCGAUACAAAGUAGAAGCAUUGUUGUAAGUAGGGCGACGGCUGCAUCGGGCUGCGCGUGCCGCCAUUAAAGGCGAGAGAAAGUUAGGGAGAGAGAGAGAGAGAGAGAGAGAGAGAGAGAGAGAGAGAGAGAGAGAGAGAGAGAGAGAGAGAGAGAGAGAGAGAGAGAG